ACGGAGGCUGUUUAUCCACUCUUCCCAUGACCGACCGACCUUCAGGAUUCAACACCUUCCAUCCAAAUUACUCUGAGCCAAGAACUACCGCUCAUGUCAGGCGCCGCCGUGAUCUAGCCUCGUACUCCGGCGUAGAAAGCAAGCCUACCUCGGUCCCCACCUUCAGCCUUACUCGGUACAAUACCGUACAAUAGAUAAUACCCUCAGCUACCUGACCUCAGUCAAGACGGAGCACAAUAACCAUGGGCAAGGGCAAGAUGGACGAGGCGGCCGCCGAACGGAUCCGCAAGGCUCGCGGCGAGAAGGACGGCUUUGCCCGCCGGGCUUCGAUGGCCGCGCGGCAAAAUAAGCAGGGCGGCGAAUCACCCUCUGGAAAGAAAGGGGACAGUGGUGGUGGUUGGGGAAGCAAACAGCAAGGUGGGAAUAAGGGGAGCAAGUAGGAGUUGUGCUGCCAGUGGCCGAGAUGAGGAGCAUUAGAGAGAAAAGGCGAAUCACAUCCGAUGGAGAUGGAGUUGGGGGGGCUGGCAUGAUGUUGGAGCGAACCGCUUCCCCCAGACGGAUAGGACCGGAGACAGAACACCGACAGUAG